CCUUGCCUCGUUCAUAACCGUUUGUUCUCUAACACUAAAACACGAGAUCUGCCAAAAAAAAUGUUAAAAAAGAGUUAAACACGAAAAUUGUGAAGUUAUUUUUUCCGAAACCAAUAUUUUCAGGAAAGAAAUUAAACGUUUCCUUUCAAAUAAAAAUGUAUCCCGUAUAUCUCGCUUGACUCACUCCCCGCUCGGGCCCACUUGUCCCACACCCUCUCGUUCCCGCACGCAUCAAUCAACGCGACGCCACCGGCGAUGAGCGCGAAGCAGCUCUGCGACGCCCUGGCCGCCGCGGGCUUCGACGGCGGCGACCCGCUCGACCCGGAGAGCCUCGACUGGGCGUUCCUCCAGGGCGAUGACUCCCGCCGGAUGUUCGCGUGGAUCGCCUCCCGCCUCCGCCCCGCCAACGUUCUCUCCGCCUCCGACCUCGAACUGUACGAACAGCUUGAACUAGAAGGGAAGCAUUUAGAGGGGGAGGAUUUGGAUUCCGCUUUCGACACUAUUUCAGCAUUCUCAGAAAUUGAAGAGAACCAGGAAGACACAUUUCUGUCUGAAGAGAGUCUGGAGGACAUCCGCGACUCAAAACUUGCACUUAGAGUUGAAGUUUCUGAUUUGGAAAAGCAGCUUGCUUCUCUGGAAUGGAAACUUGAUUUGCUUACAGCUCAAGCUACCACCAUUGCCCAGGGAAAGAAAUCCCGAGCAUCUGCUAAAACUAGUGCAAAUGGACAACUUACAAGAUUAGAUGAGAAAUUUGCUAAGAGAAGUUUAGAGACAAAUGCAGUUCUUGGAAAACUUGCUGCUAGCACCCAGGAGUUAUCUUACUAUCACUCAGAAGCUGAUAUUGGCAUUUACCUAUCAUACUGCGAUUUUCAACCUUAUGUAAUUAGUAACUUGGCUUGUAGCAAGGAAUUGAACAAAUGGUUCACUAAGAAGUUUGAGAAGGGAGCUCUCCGGCUUGUUGGCAAUGAAGACAUGUCAAGAGGAGACCGCGAAAAGCCUCAUCAUUUUGUUGUUGAACUGACGCGAAUUAAUUCAAUAUUUGCUAAAAGUAAAAGACAGUACAUAGAAGCACAAGUAGAAUAUGCGAAGGAGGAGGCUAUACUCUCAGAGCUGAGAGCUCAAUUGGCAUCCCAGCAGUCAUAUAUUCAUGAAGACAUCCAUUCUCUAAGGAGGAGAAACUCUGAACUUACCGAAGAGCUUAAGGAUCUCUCUCUUCAAGUGCAGGAAUGCUUAUCUGAGACUGUUACAAGCUUGUGUGCGGACCUUGCUCGACUUGAGGGAGCAAAUAUGUUGCAAGGAGAUCAUAAUUUGAAGGUUCAUCGCCAGGAAUGCUACAUAAGAGAGCAGAAAACGUUCAUCAAUCAUCUGGUUAAUCAGAUUGCUGCUCAUCAGUUUCUGAAGAUAGCUUACCAGCUUGAAAGACAGUCAAAAUUUUUGAGCGUCUAUUCGUUGCUGAAAGCUAUAGAAAUGGAGCUGCAGAGCUACCUAUCAGCUAUAAAUGGUCGCCUGGACCGAUAUCAUCUAAUUGGUCAAGCCGCGUCUGACAUGAUUGAAGAAGGUUCUGUUGAUGACCGGGAUACUUUUCUCCAUGCUGUGCGGGAUAUUCUUAGCAGUCACUCAGGUGCUCAAGCAAUGACGCCAACAUAUGUUUCAGCAUAUGCUUUGGUUGAGCAGAUAUCAGAGCUGGAAGACGAGCUCCACUACCAUCAGCAUGAGCUUGAAAAUGUUCUUCCUCGUGAACGGGGCAGAUUCAUUGAUGAACAAUCUAGGAUGAUUCAAACACUGGAGCAGAUUAUAUAUGUACCCCUUACACAUAUGCUACCAAAAUUGACACCAUGGGUUUGUAUCUUCUCAUUUGUCUACCCUUUCCUCUAUGCCCUUUGUACUCCGUUCUUCUGUCAGUUACUUCCCCAUGUUUUACCACAGCCACUGGCGCAAGCGCUUGAAGAAUUAGAAAUGGUCAACCAACAAGUCUCUGCUUCUGUUAAUGAAGUAACGAUGGCUCGAGAUGAAAAGGCCAAGAUGUUACAACAACCUUCACGCAAUAUGCAGCAGGAAAGACAAGUAUUCACUGACUUCUUCUGCCACCCAGGGCGACUUGAGAAUCAAGUCAGAGAGCUGAGUUCCCGUGUUAGAGCAAUCCCGGAGUAAUCUUGGGUAGGGUGGUCAAUAAGGGUUUCACAUGUCUUUACAUCCUCGGCGUUGCAAAAUUAACGAUUGUUAAGCUUCCAACUUUUUUCCUAUUGCAUCCAUUCAAAUAUACGCAUCACAGUGCUCAGAGAAAAGGAAAGAAAAAGAAAACCGAUGUACAUAAUCAUCUCAUCUGAUCUUGCUGCUUGAUUUUGUUUAGCAUCCUUCCAGGAGAAUGCAUAAUUCAUAUAUCCAUCUUCAUCAUAGAUUUUUU